AUUGUCCAUGUCAUCGUUAUUGUCGUCCAGUCGACGACAAUAACGACGACAUGGACGACAAUAACGAUGCAGCCGCCGCGACUGGCAUUCGAUCCCGAGACAUCGUGCUCAGCGUGCCGCGCAACUCCCAAAGCCUCUACUCAACCACGGCGGGCCGUGUAUGUUCUGAGUUGCCACAAGCCAUGACGCACCGUACUUCUGUCAGCCUUGAAGAAUCGGUGUAGUGGAUCCAACGACUACACCCGGAAAUUCAAGCGGUUUCCUUCCUGGUUUCGCAUGUUUGCUGCACAGGAGACGGCAAAGCAUUAUCACUACUAUUCAGUGGCUCUGAAGGAUGGUCACAUUGAGCUACGCUUGAACGGCGGUGCUGGGGAAGUGGCCUCGCGUUCGGAACAGCGCUACAAUGACAACAAAUUCCACACCAUCACUGUCAUCAAGAGGCAUCGAAAGAUUCAAGUUAAUGUUGACGACGCUGAAAUAGACAGCCUGCGGUUGCCGAAGGGCACAGGCGACAUUGAAGGUCCUGGCCUGGGAGGCCUCUUCUUUGGGGGCGUCCGAGGUGGCACCGCCAUAGGUGACCAUGUGGCGACCCGGGACCACUUUGUGGGUACCAUCAAGGAUGCAGUCUUCAAUGAUGUCCUCCUGGGCUUCAACUUCCCGGUGUCGCACGAAGGAGCCGGCAUCGGACAGCUGCUGAAGCGCCCGCGUCCUAUGCCACCCGAGCAUGACCGAAUGGCCGUCCCCACGGAGCAAGAACUCGACCAGUGCUCAGACCAGCCGCCGCCCGACUUGCACGAAAAGGCCGUCAAGUUUGGGGACACUCUCAACAGCCAUGUGAAGUUGUUCGAUGCCAUCGAGUUCCAAAACAACUUUAACGUGAGCCUGGAGCUGCGGACGUACUACCCCAACGGAGUGCUGCUGCUGGCCCAAGCCGGUUCCCCGCAUCGGCACUUUGCUCUUGUCCUGUCUGGAGGCCGAGUCUUGCUUGAAAUCACAGAGAAGACGUCAAAGAAGCUCCACAGCCAUGGUGGCCUUAAUGACGGCGACUGGCAUCACGCGAGUCUGGUUGGCCUUUCAAAGCAAGGCUCCCGACUGACUCUGUCCGUGGACGACAAGGCGGCAUUGAUGUUGCAGGUGCACAAGCGAAUGCAUUUCCGCAGCCCGCUAUACGUUGGCGGCAUUGCGUUAAGCCUCUCCGUCCCUGAGGAUCUCGUGAAAGAGAGCUUCAAGGGUUGCAUCCGGAACUUCAAUGUCAACAACAGAUAUGUGGACUUGGCCAGUGGAGAGUCGAAUGGCGUUGGACAGUGCUUUGCCAACAUAGAGCCUGGAGCAUUCUUCCAGGGAGAUGCCUACGCUGUUUAUGACGAGCAGUUCAAUGUGGACAAUAAGCUGGAACUGCAGCUAGAAUUCCGAACAUGGAGACUGAAUGGUGUCCUGAUGAGCUUGGCCGAAAAUCCAGAUGGGGCACCUUCGCUGGCCAUGGAGCUUCAUGAAGGUGAAGUGAUUGUGUCCGUGGACUUGGGCCAGAAUGGCACGGGCCCCUUCCGUGCCCGCAAGGUGUUUGGCUCGCGCUUUGCCAUGUGCGACGGACAGUGGCACCUGCUGCGUGCGCAUUUUUCGCGCAAUGAGAUCUCGCUGCGCAUCGACCGGCAUCAAGUUGCGUACGGUCUGGCGCCGUCCACUCCCUCGGAACCGCACACCGAGAGUCCUCUCUACAUUGGUGGCCUCCCAGAGCACAGCAGCAAUGGCGCUCUAUUUGGCCGAGACAACUUCGUUGGCUGUCUCCGUAACCUAGCCAUCAAUGACAAGCGCAUCGACUGGAUCGACAUGGCUUCCCUGCACAACGUGCUCCCCAACUCAUGCCCUGCCAACUGAGAGCACGAUUUGCGUGUCUGGCCUUUGCUAUCACUAUUUAUUCCAACAUGCGUCAGAUGCAUUAACCCCUUCCAUGUCUUGGGUGUGCUUGGUUUGCCUGUGCAAUCUUAUGGAUAACUUCUUUUUGUACAAGUUAAAAUCUUCCAUUGCAGUUAUGCCCACUUUUUAGGUCUUCGAGCGUAUAGGCCCUGCUCUAUCAAUUUGACACUUUGAUAACAGGUGACAGCUCUAUAUUGGAACAAAGUUAUAGUAAAAUCAUGUGGUUUCUUGCUUCGUGCUGCUGCAUCAUGUUUUCGUUUGCCAACAUGGUAUUGCCUAUUAGUAUGACUCACACAUUUGUAAUUCAUAGAAGGAAGUCUGUGGCUUCAUGCCAUUGAAGUUCUAGCAAUAAUACAUAAAAAUUUUUGUUUUCUGUUGGUGUAGAGAGCAGAGGAAUAACAUGGCAAGCAGUUUGGUGAAAAUGAAAAAUUAAGCAACAAUGCAUAUCGAUUAUGUUCACUGAAGAUGCCUCGGCAUCAAUACUAUGUAUUUUUUUAGUGAUUUGUAUAUGCUGCUUCAUAAUAGCGUCGAUUUUUCCAGGUUUCGAAACAUGAAAAAAAAGACAUCGGGAGAGAGACUUUCUGGCCGGUAUUACAUUGUCACUCAUGCAAGAGAUUUGUAGCCUCAAUAUUUUGGCAGCCCAUUACAUUAAUGGUGCUUUAUGAUUAUGUAUUUUUACCAAGAUUCAACAUCUAAAAAAUAUUGUUUGCAUUUGUAAAAAGGAAGAAAGAAACAGGGAACGUGUUAAAACAAUUCACAGUGUUAGCCAGAGCUUAUGAUGCACAUGUAACACUGCAUUCCCGAAAAGCAGUGUGUUCUGCACGAGUAAAAACCUGCAACCACUAAGUGUAAACUUGCAGAAGUUUCAAUUUGUACAAACGUAAAAUGUACAGAAAAAUUUUAUAAAUCCAGCUGUGCCUUGGAAGGGGUGUUAUAUUGUCUGGAACUACGCCAGAAUGCUAGGAAAUGUUUAGGCUAAAAAGGAUUUCGGCCUGACAUAGCAUGUAAAUAUGUUGUCGGUUAUUGCAGUACCUUAUAAGUGAAGCUUACUUUCGUGAAAGCUGCGUUUAGCUUAAAAAGCACUAACUAGCUCAAUAUUAUAUCACUAUAAGUGAAGCAAAUCUCCAAUUCUAAUUCCAUCUCAAGUUGACACUGCCUUUCGUGGCUAACUCACGAGGAACUACAUGCUAUCCAUCUGACACAGCUAUAGAGUAUACAUAGUGAGAUAUCUACAAGACUGCCUUAUUAUGAUUAUAUUUAGAUAUGGUCUACCAUUGUAGUCAUGAAGAAGGGGUGUUUUAUUAUGUACUACAGUUGAACCUUGCAAUAACGAAAUCGGCGGGAAACGCGAAAAAAUUCGCUGCCGCGAGAAUUUCGUUGUUGCGAAAAGAGACAGCACAGAUAGGUAAUGCAUCGCAGAACAAAACUUUGCUGUCCAAAUUCCGUUAGCUUACUUUGCAGGCUUUGCUCAAGGAUAUUGAACCGCAUUGUUGACAGUACAAAGUGUACCGCAUGCGUCGACCAGCAGUGGCAGUAGUGCCGUAGCGCAGAAUUUACGGUCAACUGCUUUCGGAGAUGCGAUCACUUGCCGAGAUUUUGCGUAACUCGGCACCGGACGCAGAGUAACAGCGCAUGCAGCAGCAUUUCUCCAGUGCACGCUGUUGCCCGUAGGCGCCGACGCGGCCGGUGCUGAUCGCUAAAAGUGAUCGUAUCUCGUGUACGCGAAGGCAAACGAUCGAGAUAUUGGCCCUUUCGCGCAAAUCUACAUCCGGUGUAGAAUCCGCACACGAUGCCUGUCGGGUGGCACCAAAACCAGCGUUCUUGAAGCAAGGGAUGCGUAUUCCAGAACGAUCGGUCAAUCAUGGCCCCAUGCGUGACACUCUAUAUGCCGCGACCGCCAUCCCAAGCGCCAUAAACAAUUCCACGUAGGUGGGACGUGGAUUUCUUUGUUUUUGCUGCAUUUUUCCCACCGAGGCGCACAUUACGCAGUGCACUGCCGCGAUCGGGGAUUGUUGUUCGAAACGCGCGUCCAGUUUGCGUUCAGUCUCGCCUCACGUGAUUGGACUAGGCCUCGCCGAGUCAACCGCGGGGAACGCAAAAUGAACGCGCGUUUCAAACAACGAUCUCGCCUGGUAGGCGCGCAAACACCGUCGUCACAUGUCGGUAGCAACGUGCGUGCCGCUCAUGGUGCCGCUUCAAACGGGCGAUCAACAAGCAAGAUGGCGGCCAUGACGUGUUUCCAGCGCACUGAUCGCUUCCGGCGCUUGGUUGUUCUGGUGAACAAAAAUGGCGGCGCCCACGCAAGUGUAAUGUGGUGAUAUUUUACGCAAUUUUAAUGCAAAACAAUCGCAUUUGAGCACAUUUUGGAGCCUGCUAGCCUUACGCAAUAUGCGGAGUUACGUUCCGGCAAAUUUCGUUGAUGCGGAAUUGCAGUACAGCUACAUUUCCUUGCCGAGAGGUACGAAAUGCAUUGAAUCCUAUGGGCGUUCGCCGGGGAUACGAGAAUGUUUCGUUGUCGCGGGAAUUUCGUUGUUGCGGUAUUUCGUUAUCGCGGGUUCCGACUGUAGUUUUGUAUGUGCUACUUAUGAUUAAUAUUUAUUUGUGUCGUGAGCUAAAGGUUUCAAAUAAUACCAUGGAAGAAGUGCCAUCAUUCUGCGCAUCACACAGCAUCACUGUUUGAUAUUAGAUAUAAUACAGAAGCCACUGUCACUGGUUUGAAAUAAGAAAGUGCUUGUAAUUGCAUGCGUGGAGGACAUGAAUUUCUGCUCAUGUGUUCACAUCUGUGUCAUAUUAAAUGCAACGUUAUUAGAACGAGUUGAAUGAAAAGUUAAGCGCAUUACUUUUGGUUUAUCCGUAAGUCAAAUCUAUGUGUUGACAGGCAGUUUGAUGUUGAUGGCUUAAAAAUUGUUUCCAAUUAGAUGCCAUAAUUGGUUUCUGUAAAUAUUCAAACUGAAAUCAUUUAUGUGUAUUCUUAUAACUGUGCAUAUUUUCUGUAUUACAUAUACGGAGUGGCCAUGAAAUCAAGACAGUCCCACCCUUUCUGAGUGAAUAAAACGGAAAGCAAACGGAGUUAUAGCGAUGGAUAUGAAAUUUUUCAGUGGAAUGAUGGUGAUUUUUCUCUUGAUUCAUGAAUGUUUUUACAGUCAGGCUUUUGCAGAGAGAAUAAAUUUGUUCAAAAUUCA